AAGAGCUUAUAGCUCCUAGUUUUCAUUAGUAUAGAUUAUGUUAAUCGAUCACACACUACUUCUCUCUGCUUUUUUGGAUCUUCACUUUUUGCUGCUGCUGAUUCACUCACUCUCCUAGUAACCUCUUUUGGACUCUCUCUGUCUCUCUCAGUAUCUUCUUCGUCGAGUAGCGUCGGUUCUGCAUAUUCUCUUCGUCCGUUGAGGGAUGUUUAUGUAAGUUGGAUUGAUGUGAAUCGUUCUGUGACUAUGGAAUGUCGUUUGGAGAAGAAGCGUUUUUCUGGUGGUACUAAGCCUUUGAAAACUCGUGUGAAACAACAAUGUCUGGAGGAGGAGGAGGAUGAGAGUCAUGAGCUUGUCAAGUAUAUGUCCAAGCUACCUGUUUUCUUGGAGAGAGCUGAAACCUCUCAAGAGAAGCUCUUGAGUGUUGGUGUUCUUGAUUGGGGGCGUUUGGAGAAGUGGCAGCAUAGUCAUAACAGGGUUCCCAUGAAGACUAGGUUCCCUUUGGUUCACCACCACCAAACAGAUGCUUUGUUGGCUCAGCCUAGAGAUGCGUCAUCAUCAUCUGCUGGUCCCAGUAAAGUGCAUAACCGUAGUUCUGCUUGUCGGACGAAACAUCGUAGUAGCUCACAGCAGAGCAAUGUUAUGUCGAAUUCGGUUGAGAAUACUUUAAGGAGAAAGAAACACGAAGAUCGUAGAUGUUUGAGCAUACCAGAUGACCAGCUUGGUCCAAACACUGAUGAUGCACAAGGAUUAGAUGGAUGUGAAGAGAAAGAUCUGAAAGGGAAGAUAGACUCACAAAAUGUGGCUGGCUUGAACAUGGAGGUGAGAUCAAAGGCUGAUAGUAACAGGCGUAGGAAGAGUGAAAAGAACUUGCACGAAAGAAACCGAAAUCAUCACGAUGGAGAACUUGGUCGAAAGCAGCAAGGAGAGGCUAAAACCUGCAAGAGGAGUUCCACUAGAAAAGUCCGGGUUGUUCACGGUGUUGAAGGAGAUUACUGUACGCAACAUUCUUUACCUUUGCCAUGUAAUGCUGAUGGCUGCUUGGCAAAGAGUACAGUUGGCUCCACUGAUGCGGACCAGAACAAGGUUUCAGUUGAAAUAUCUCAGUGCGUGCCGCUCUCAGUAAAAGCAAGGAAUACAUCUUCCAAAGGUAAAAUUGCAGAAGACAGAGCAUCAUCUCUGUUAUCUGUGAAACAUUGUAAUGAUGGAUCUUCCCAGAGACGAGAUUCAAAGUCGCAUAAAGGCGCAUCUGAAAAGGGGAGAAGUAUAUCGCCUUUUCAGCGGCUUAGCUUCGGUAUGGGUAAAGCCAGCAAAACUAACAGUGAAGGAGUUGCUGUUCCCACAACCCAGCUAGACUCUAUGACUAACUCCAAGAAGAUAGAUUCACAAAAUGUGGCACUAUUAUCUGACGUUGACGGCUCAGAUUGCAGCAAGCCCAGUGCAAAAGAUGCAACCACGACAAGCCAUUUAAGAAGGUUGCUAGAACCUCUAUUGAAGCCUCGAGCAACUCACUCUGGCAAUUCCGUGGAGGGGACUAGAGGUCAAGGCGUACAAAGAAUAAAAAUGGGUAUCAGGGGUUGCAAAUCAGUAAAUAUCAAUGAUUCAGCUCACGAGAAGAAGUUAGGAUCAUCCAUAGUUCGAGCUGUUCUGCGAGUAUCAGUUAAGAACAAUCAACCACUCUUUACAUUUGCAGUGAACAAAGAAACCGACAUUAUUGCGGCCACCCAAAAGAAAAUGGGAAGCUCGGAGGAAGGUGAAUGUACCAGUGUUUAUACUUUGUUCUCUAUUAAAGACCAUAAGAAAAAUAGUGGGUGGUUAAACCAAAGAGGCAGUGGCCAAACACAUGGUAUCAUCUCUAAUGUUGUUGCCCAAAUGCGUGUUUCGAGCUCUUUGCCUUCUGGUUCCAUCAGAGAGUUUGUUCUCUUCUCUGUAGAACUUGAUCAAGAGAGCACGGAAAAGUCUGAUCUGCAAUUAAAAAAUGAGCUAGCUGCGAUCAUCGUGAAGAUGCCAAGAUGGUGUCACAGGAGGGCAUCACUAAAUACCGUUCAAGAUCAUAAUGCACUCAAUGAAGAGCUUGAGGAUCACAUCAAAGACAGGUUUUUUGACCAAGACAUUAGUGCUACGGUCAUACUUCAAAGCGGUGUUCAUAGUAUGCCUCAGAAAGGAGGGCCAUCAUCUUUGAUCCAGCGAUGGAGAACAGGUGGUUCUUGCGAUUGUGGAGGUUGGGAUAUGGGCUGCAAUCUCAGAAUUCUUACAAAUCAGCACAACUUAUCCUACGAGAACUCGACAACAUCAAACUCACCAGCCUCUUCAAACCUAUUCGAGCUUUUCUUUCUGGGAGAACAACCGGAGGAACAUCCGUUCUUGAGCUUUAAACCGAUCAAAGAAGGGAUAUAUUCAGUUGUGUAUAAUCCAUCCCUUUCACAAUUGCAAGCUUUCUCCAUAUGUAUGGCACUUGCAGAGAGUAGGAAAAUGUCAGAGAUCACCCGUGAGCACAAAAGCUCGUGUGAUGAACAUAAAGCUAGAGCAAAAACCGUGUUAGUCCCGGACCAAGAUUCAAACCCUAAUGGCAACACCGUCGGGUAUCAACCACCCCUCUCGCCUGUUGGGCGGGUCUGAAGUUUGUAUUUUUACUUCACACCCAAAUUUUUACUUGCAGGUAUUUGAUCAUAUUAUUAGUGUUAAGCCUUAAGGUAAAAUAGUUGCAGGAAAUAAGAAAGCAGCAAGAAUAUAUCUUUAAAGUAGUUAGUCUAAUGAUCUUCCCAACUCUGAAGUGUGAAUAUUUUUUAUAUCGUAUCUCCUCCAUAUAUAAUACUUUCAUCAAGCUGAAAAAGUAUUUGGUUC